AUGAAGACCGCUCCGUUCUCGCUUGUCGUUUGCUUGGCACCGCUACAUGCUAUAGCGGUGGCCUCUUCCUUCAAACCUUCCGUCCGUGAAUUUGACAGUCUGGCAUUCCCGCCAGCGAGGCGGUUGUAUCCUGCAGUCAACCCAACUGCCUUGAUACAGCGUAACUCUGAAUUACGGUUGCUGAAGAGAGAAACUAGCUUCGACUAUGUCGAAGACUCAGGCCCUUUAGCUACUCGUUCCGAUAGCACGGUCUUCACCACCACUCUAAAUGUCAAGGGGAAAAGGCCCAUUUUGUCCUUAGAGGAUCUGGAGUCAGAUAUUCGACAGAUCAGAUGCUUCCCUUCAAAAAUCGAGCUAGAGUUCCUAUCAGCGGGGCGGCUGGAUGAAGUCAGCAAAGAAUUAUCAGCCGCAGGAAUAUUUAUAGUUGUUACUUCUCACUCUGAGUGUAAUAAUGAAGACGAAAGAGCGCCCCAUAUGGUCACAGAGGUGGGAAUUGAAAGACAGGAGAAGCGUAUCACAUUAUGGAAAACCAAUACGGAUUGGAAGGAGGUUUUCACUUCGACGGAAGUUCAGUUCGCUCGACAGCCUUCGAAUCAAGUUUCCAGAAGGUGGCAUCAAAACCUAAAGCGCCAGGACGAGCCCUCGCGCACUCAUACUAUGUCUUUCCCGUCCGCCCCGACUUCUUCGGAUCUCCCUCCCAAUACGUCAGAUGAGCUAGAUAUGAGACUUAAUGACCAGGUCAUAUUGCCGCCAGAGACACCGGUUACGGGGCUUUUCGUCCCUGAGGGCGUCACCUUAAAAUGCAAAAGAUGCACUCUGCAAGGAAACGCGGAACUCUCUCAAGGAUCUUUUCGGCUUGAGGAAAUUGACGGCCCUGAGGACGUAAUUCCGGCGGCGGUGAAUUUCUUCCGAGAAGGUUCGAUUGAACUGGACGUGAAUGGUCUCUCUUCACACAUUGAAUUGGCCGUUGUCCUUGAAAAUGAAGAACCCAUUGAGUUCUCGAUUCCCUUGCCUACAAUCCCACUCUCGCCAUUUGCGAUUCCCGGCCUUGUGACAUUUGGUGUGUUUGUCAGACCUCAGAUCACAGCGUCGCUGCAGUUUGAUAAGGAUAUUGAGUUUUCUUAUGGGUUCAACGCUUCAGUGCCGGAUGAUUCGAAAUUCACACUCGAUAUUGGCAAUCUCGGAAAUUCUACUGUCACUGGCUUCCCGAAUACAACCUUCCAGGCUUUGCCAUUCCAAUCUGAGGAGGAUAUUGAUAGUAUCUCCUUUUCCCUUGCAUUUAACCCUGAGAUUCUGCUUGGAGUGCACUCUCUAGUUGGCUCUACGACUGGCGGCAUCGGAAUGUUCUUUAAUCUCCCUGAGAUUGCCGUCAAUGCCUCCAAGAUGAAUAACGUAGACCGAAAUUGCAACCCAAAGCGGGAGACCAACGAAGAGGAUGAAGUUUUUGGAAACUUCACGAACAUCAUUCCCAGCGUGGAACUUAGCUUUGGCCCAAUCGCAGAAUUGGAAGUCAAUCUUGGGUCCUUUGAUCCCGCGUAUGAAACACAAGUCGCGAUUGCAUCAGCGUCGUUCCCGCUACCCACUACAUGUCUGGCGUAUGAUCAGGAGACUAAAUCAUACGGUGACCCGGUCAAAGUGGUGAGGGAUAGGAACUCUCAGGGUGCAGAGAAUGCUGCUGGGAGGCUCAACACCAGCACAUUGUCCACAAGUGUCAUCCUCCCUGCUAUGCUAGCAUCUGUGGUGUUCGUUUUUGGAGUAUUACUUUAA